GAGGAAAAGGAAACUUGUUCUUUUCAUAGAUACCAUUACUGCUACGGAAAAGAAACAUUCUACUCUCUUUUAUAUUUCCUCCUACAAGUAUAUAAGUAUAUAGAUUUCAUAAAAAUAAGAUAUCAUAUCACUCAGAAAUUCCAUUAUCUUCACAAGAAACUGGUAAUGAAGGCCAAGAAAGCUACUAUUCAAUUCCAAAGAAAUCUUCUUAUCAUAAUCGAAUUAAGUCAAAAGCAGUACACUAAUUAAAUUUCUCUGUUUUCUUUGGCUCCCUACAAAGGAAUUGGGAAACAAUCCAAGAAAUGCAAAGGUGCUAAUUGUUUUUCUUUUUUCUUCUGUAAUUGUUGUGCAGAAUAAAGGAAGGAGUGAAGAAAGAGAGAAUGCAAGGAGUGGUUAAAGUAAGAUGGGAAAGAAAAGUCGAAGAAGCUAAGCAUUUUCAUCAAGUUAUCAAGAAGGCAAGCUUUCUAUAAGAGGUAGAUGUAUUGGAGUUCUCUCAAUCCAGAAUUCAAAAAGAAGUUUUUGUUGAUUCAGUCAUGAGUGAAACGAGUGUAGCAACAGCUGAGACUGCAAUGCUCCCAUCAGCGUCGGUGCAGCUGCCAAAGGGGCGGCAACUGGUCGGUGACCGGGUCACGUACGAUGUCAAUGUGGGAUUGCCUGGGGAGCUGCAGCCACAGCUCGAGGCCAUGGCGAUCGAGCUACAUGAGUUGGAUCCUGGAUUAGUUCUUGGACGGAAGAUUGCGGUGAACCGGACUUAUAUUUGCUACGGACUGAAGCCGGGUGCGAUUCGGGUGCUGAAUAUAAACACUGGACGGAUAUCUUUGCUUAAAGGUCAUACUCAGAGUGUCACUGACAUGGCUUUCUUCAGUGAGGAUGUUCACCUUUUGGCCAGUUCAAGCAUAGAUGGAAGGAUCUUUGUGUGGAAGAUUAAUGAAGGUCCUGAUGAGAAUGAUAAGCAACUGAUAACUGGAAAAGUCGUUGUCGCCAUUCAUAUGGUGGGAGAUGGGGAAUCAUUUCAUCCACACAUAUGUUGGCACCCUAUCACUCAAGAAAUUUUGGUUGUUACGAUUGGAAAUCGUAUUUUGAAAAUUGAUAUAACAAAAGUGGGGAAAGAUGAAGUGUUUACGGCAGAGAAACCUAUCAAGUGCCCUGUUGAGAAGCUGAUUGAUGGAAUCCAACUUGUUGGUAAACAUGAGGGGGAAGUGACUGACUUGUCGAUGUGUCAUUGGAUGAUUACUCGCCUAGUAUCUGCAUCAACAGAUGGCAUGGUAAAGAUCUGGGCAGAUGAGAAGGCAGUGCCCCUUGUAACGCUGAGGCCACACAAUGGCGAACCUGUUAACUCAGUUACUUUCCUGAUAGCACCUUGUCACCCUGACCACAUUGUUCUUAUAACAGCGGGUCAUCUGAAUCAAGAAGUGAAGGUAUGGGCCUCAGCAGGCAAAGAAGGGUGGUUAUUGCCUAGUGAUUGUAAAUCAUGGCAGUGCAUUCAGACCUUGGACUUGAAGAGUUCCACUGAACCUCGACCUGAAGAGGCUUUUUUCAACCACGUAGUGGUGUUGCCAGAUUCAGGCCUUCUUUUACAUGCAAAUGCCAAGAAAAAUGCUAUAUAUGCGGUGCAUGUAGAAUAUGGGCGAUAUCCAACAGCAACACGCAUGGAUUAUAUUACUGAGUUUACUGUCACAAUGCCUAUUUUGAGUCUAACAGGAAGAAGUGACUAUUCACCAGAUGGGAAACAUGUUGAGGUUUACUGCAUUCAGACACAGGCUAUUCAACAGUAUACCUUGGAUUUAUCUAAGUGCCUACCACCACCACUGAAGAAUGCUGGAAUUGAGAAGGUUUCUGGUAGUGAUUUUGCUGCAUUAGACCCAUGUUGCGGAAAUGUCCCAGCUGAGAUGCCUGUUGGAAGUGGUUCAGCUGCUGCUAAGUAUCCUGUAUUUUCGGGGAACCUGGAACUUCCCAUAGUUGAAUUGGCUACUUCAAGUUUUGAACCUAAACCAAGUGCUAUGCCACCUCAGAGUCUGAGGCUGUCAGGAAGACUAUCUUUUAGGAACCCAUCAAAUAACUUUGAGCCAGGUCCCACACUUUGCAAUCGUUGUGUUGAUCAACCAGUUCUUGAUUAUUCAGUUGAUAGGAGAGUGGAUGUUGGUUGUAUGAAGUUGACUGAUGUUCCUUCCUUAGAUGACAGCUCUGUGAAGGAUGGAAUUGAAGUUGGGAAAAAUGAUAUUUCUAUGGUACCAAAUCCUCCAAUCACAUUCAAAGUGGGUGAAAUACCAUUGAAGGUUGUUUCUUCUUCUGAGAGUAGUCUUGUUGGGCAGGGAUCGAAAGUGGGAGAAGAAAAGGUUCAAGAUAUUGCUGUAAGCAAUGAUAUUAAGAGUGGAGAAGUGGAGGUUAAAGAGGUGGGUCAGCAGCGGGAGUUAGAUUCUGAGAGAGAAAAGCAUAUUCUACACACAGGGAAGAAAGAAAAAUCCUUCUAUACCCAAGCAUCGGAUCUUGGGAUUGAGAUGGCCAAAGAAAGCUGUUCAUUGUCUACAGAAAUUUCAGGCAUGGAAGAAACUUGUCAGGUUAAAGAUGUUGGUGUUGCUGAGUUAUCGGACUGGCCUUCAAAUGCUGGUGAACUAGGCAUUCAGGACUUGAGUAAGGAUGUGCCUAAUACUAAAUCGAGUAUGGCAACUGUAUUUUCUCAGUCACCUUCAUUAGCUGGAAAAGUGUGGAAAAAGAAAGUAAAUCCCUCUCAAGUGGCAGGUCCAUCUUCCCCUUCCAUUAGCCCUUUCAAAUUUGCAGAAUCUUCAAAUGAACCAGAAGAAACUUGUCAGGUCAAAGAUGUUGGUGUUGCUGAAUUAUUGGACUGGCCUUCAAAUGCUGGUGAACUAGGCAUUCAGGACUUAAGUAAGGAUGUGCCUAAUACUAAAUCGAGUAUGGCAACUGUAUUUUCUCAGUCACCUUCAUCAGCUGGAAAAAUGUGGAAAAGGAAAGUAAAUCCCUCUCAAGUGGCAGGUCCAUCUUCCUGUUCCACUAGCCCUUUCAAAUUUGCAGAAUCUUCAAAUGAACCAGAAGAAACUUGUCAGGUCAAAGAUGUUGGUGUUGCUGAAUUAUUGGACUGGCCUUCAAAUGCUGGUGAACUAGGCAUUCAGGACUUAAGUAAGGAUGUGCCUAAUACUAAAUCGAGUAUGGCAACUGUAUUUUCUCAGUCACCUUCAUCAGCUGGAAAAAUGUGGAAAAGGAAAGUAAAUCCCUCUCAAGUGGCAGGUCCAUCUUCCUGUUCCACUAGCCCUUUCAAAUUUGCAGAAUCUUCAAAUGAACCAGGUAGCAGCAACGGCAGUCCUUCCAUGGAGACCAUUUUUACCCAAAUUCUGGCACUUCAGGAGAGUGUGAAAGAGCUUAUGACCAUUCAAAAGGAAAUACAGAAGCAAAUGACGGCUCUACUGGCUGUUCUUGUUAACAAAGAAGGUAGCAGAAUAGAGGCGGCCCUCAGCGAGAGCAUGGAGAAAGCUCUGAAGUCGAACUCUGAUGCUCUGUGGGAAUGCAUCCAAGAGGAGAACAAGAAACAGAAGUUAGAACGCGAUCGCAUAAAGCAGAUAGUGAGUUCGAUCUCGGGCUCUAUGAACACGAAGUGGCCAGCCAUGUCCAAGAAGACAUUAAAGCAAGAAAUUGCUGCAAUAGGACCAGCAGUAUCUCGCGCAAUUACCCCGAUUUUGGAGAACACUGUUUCUUCAGCUAUUGCUGAUUCAUUUCAGAGAGGGGUUGGAAACAAGGCAGCGAAUCAGUUGGAGAACUCACUCAACUCGAAACUCGAAGUGACAGUGGCCAGACAAAUUCAAGUACAAUUCCAAACAUCUGGGAAGCAAGAUUUUCAGGAUGCACUAAGGGCUAGCUUGGAAUCUUCGGUGAUUCCUGCAUUUGAGCAGGCAUGCAAAGCAAUGUUUGAGCAAGUUGAUGCUACAUUUCAGAAGGGGAUGGCUGAACACACUACUGCUGCACAACAGCAGUUUGAAUCCACACAUUCUCCGUUAGCAAUUGCUCUGAGGGAUGCAAUGAGCUCUGCAUCAUCCAUCACCCAAACCUUAAGUGGUGAACUAGCCAAUGGCCAGCGCAAUCUCUUAGCUUUCAUGGCAGCUGGAGCAAAUCAGAAAACGACGAAUCCAUUGGCUACACAACAAAACGAUGGACCUUUAGGUGUGCAACAUGACAUGGCCAUGACUAUGCAACAGGUUGAGGCACCUUUGGAUCCAAAGAAAGAGCUGGAAAGAUUAAUAUCUGAACAUAAGUAUGAGGAAGCAUUCACUUCAGCCCUUCAAAGAAGCAACAUCACCAUUGUUUCCUGGUUAUGUUCUCAGGUUGAUUUGCAAGGGAUACUAGCAGUUUUUCCUCUUCCUCUGAGUCAAGGAGUCCUGCUAUCCCUUCUCCAGCAGCUAGCAUGCAAUAUUGGAAAUGAGACCUCCAAGAAGCUAGAUUGGAUGAGAGACAUUCUUGCUGCUAUAGAUCCAGUGGACCCAAUGAUUACAGUGCAUGGGCGGCCGAUAUUUGAACAGGUUUAUCAGAUAUUGGACUACCAGAAGGCACUCCCAACCACCACAGUAACUGAAACAAACAGCAUCCGCCUCCUCAUGCAUGUAAUCAAUUCAGUAUUGAUGAACUACAAAUAACAUUGCUCUUUCUCAUUUGUGUUUGUGUAUAGAAAACUAGGAAGUGGGUAUGUGUCUUUGUAAAGAAGAGGAGGGGUUGAGGAAAGCUGGGUUUUAUUCAUGUUAGAUAUGGGCCCAUGUGGCCCAGCUGUGGGGCAACCAGUAGUCGAUGGAUCCCACAUGUUUUUCACUCCUCUCACCAAUGAGAUGGAGAUAGUUCUUACCUCAUCCAAACUCACUCUCUUGUCUUAUCAUAAA